AUGGGAAGAGUGUGUCUGUGCGUCCGUCUGCCCCGUGACCAGAAGAGCCUGAGUCAGACCCUGAGUUGUUACAGUAUCCAUGGCACAUCGGUCACACUAAACUCCAAGAAUACUGACAAGUUUUGUCUUUGUCCUCCUCCUCCACUCACCUCCUCCCUGUGCCCUGGAGGAGCCGCCAGGGCUUCCUUCACUUGUUCCCAGGGCCCGAUGUCGGAGGCCAUGGAGCAGCCAGCCACGAGUCCUGGAAAGCCGAGGCCGGGAGAGGGUGGUGACAGCGGCACAGAGACGGGCACCUGCCAGGAGCUCCUGCACCGGCUGCGGGAGCUGGAGGCAGAGAACUCGGCGCUUGCCCAGGCCAAUGAAAACCAGCGGGAGACCUAUGAGCGCUGUCUAGAUGAGGUUGCCAACCACGUGGUACAGGCGCUGCUAAACCAAAAGGACCUGCGGGAGGAGUGCAUCAAGCUGAAGAAGAGGGUGUUUGACCUGGAACGGCAGAACCAGAUGCUCAGCGCCCUGUUCCAGCAGAAGCUCCAGCUGACAACAGGCUCCCUCCCCCAGAUCCCACUUACCCCACUCCAGCCUCCAUCAGAGCCACCAGCCUCUCCCUCCUUGAGCUCUGUCGAGGGACCGACCACCUCGCUGCCUCUGGGGCACUGUACUGGACAGAGAGAGGUGUGUUGGGAGCAGCAGCUGCGGCCAGGAGGCCCAGGACCCCCAGCCGCCCCGCCCCCAGCGCUGGAUGCCCUGUCCCCUUUCCUUCGAAAGAAAGCCCAGAUCCUGGAGGUGCUGAGAGCCCUGGAAGAGACGGACCCCUUGCUUCUUUGCUCACCUGCCACUCCCUGGCGGCCUCCAAGCGAGGGUCCUGGCUCCCCAGAGCCCAUCAACGGCGAGCUGUGUGGCCCACCCCAGCCUGAACCCUCAUCCUGGGCCCCCUACUUGCUACUAGGCCCUGGUAGCCUGGGAGGCCUGCUACACUGGGAGCGCCUCUUGGGGGGCCCAGGGGAGGAAGAGGGUGCUGGGCGGCCCUGGGGUCCUAGUAGAGUCUCCUCCCAGGCCCAAGGCACUGGCUCUGGGCCUCCCUGUGCCCCAGGCAGCAGUUCCUCUUCCUCCUCUGAUGAGGCAGGUGACCCCAACGAGGCACCCAGCCCUGACACCCUGCUUGGAGCCCUAGCCCGCAAACAGCUGAACUUGGGCCAGCUCCUUGAGGACACAGAGUCUUACCUACAGGCCUUCUUGGCCGGGGCUGCAGGCCCACUCAGUGGGGACCAACCAGGUCCUGGGCAGCCAUCUUCCCCAGACCAGGGGCCCCCACAGCUGUCCAAGUCCAAAGGCCUCCCCAAGUCAGCUUGGGGUGGGGGUACCCCAGAGGCCCACAGGCCAGGCUUUGGUGCUACCUCAGAGGGCCAGGGGCCCCUCCCCUUCCUCAGCAUGUUCAUGGGUGCAGGUGAUGCCCCCCUGGGCUCUCGGCCUGGCCACCCCUACUCCUCAUCUCAGGUGAAAAGCAAGCUCCAAAUUGGCCCCCCUUCUCCUGGGGAAGCCCAGGGACCCCUUCUGCCCUCUCCAGCCAGAGGUCUCAAGUUUCUAAAGUUGCCUCCAGCCUCGGAGAAGGUGCCCAGCCCCGGAGGCCCCCAGCUCAGCCCCCAGCUUCCCCGGAACUCCCGAAUUCCCUGUCGAAACAGCGGCUCAGACGGCAGCCCCUCCCCAUUGCUGGCCCGCAGGGGUCUGGGUGGAGGAGAGCUGUCCCCGGAGGGGGCGCAGGCCCUGCCUACCAGUCCUUCACCCUGCUCCGCGGCCCUGGACUCUGCACAGUUGAGACCUCCCCAGCCAGCCUUGUCCACCACGCUGUCCCCGGGACCUGUGGUAUCUCCCUGCUAUGAGAACAUCCUAGACCUUUCCCGGAGCACCUUUAGGGGACCUUCCCCAGAGCCACCUCCUUCCCCACUGCAGGUACCCACCUACCCACAAUUAACUCUAGAGGUGCCACGGGCCCCUGAGGUCCUCAGAAGUCCUGGAGCUCCUCCCAGCCCUUGCCUCCCAGAAUCCUGCUCCUAUGGGAGUGCCCAGGAGAAGAGUUUGGACAAAGCAGGCUCAGAGUCUCCCCAUCCUGGCCGCAGGACCCCAGGCAGCUCAUCCAAGAAGCCCAGCCAGGGGGCAGGGCGGCGACCUGGGGAUCCUGGCUACACACCUCUGCGGGACAGACUGGCAGCCCUAGGGAAACUGAAGACUGGCCCUGAGGGGCCAGAGAAAAACGGGGUGCCAGCCAGGCCUGGCACUGAGAAGUCCCGGGGAGCAGGGAGGUCAGGGGAGAGUGCUGGAGACAUGGCACCCCCCGCCCCCAGGCCUCCCGAGGGGCCAGACGCCAAGGGGGCCUUGCGGGGGGCACUGGCCUUAGGCACAAACAGCCUGAAGCAGCAAGAACCUGGGCUCCUGGGGGACCCCGGGGCCCGAGUCUACUCCUCCCACUCCAUGGGGGCCCGGGUGGACCUGGAGCCUGUCUCACCAAGGAGCUGCCUCACCAAAGUGGAGUUGGCCAAGAGCCGGCUGGCAGGGGCCCUGUGCCCCCAGGUACCCCGUGCCCCUGCCAAAGUGCCAGCCUCAGCCCCCAGCCUUGGCAAGCCCAAUAAGAGCCCCCAUGGCAGCCCUACAAAGCUGCCUUCCAAGUCACCCACCAAGGUGGUACCCCGACCUCUGGCCCCACCAACUACCAAGGAGCCCCCCAAGCCUGACAAGAGCAAGGGCCCACCUUGGGCAGAGUGUGGCAGCACUACCGCCCAGCCUACGUCCCCCGCGCCCAGCCCUGCUGACCCAAGCCAAGGCCCUGAGGGGCGGGCCCCACACUCCGCCAUCGAGGAGAAGGUAAUGAAGGGCAUCGAGGAGAAUGUGCUGCGGCUCCAGGGCCAGGAGCGGGCGCCAGGCGCUGAGGCCAAGCACCGCAACACCAGCAGCAUCGCCAGCUGGUUUGGCCUUAAGAAGAGCAAGCUGCCAGCGCUGAACCGCCGCACAGAGACCGCCAAGAGCAAGGAGGGGGCCAGUGGGGGCUCCCCACUCCGGAAGGAAGUCAAGAUGGAAGCCCGGAAGCUGGAGGCGGAGAGUCUCAACAUCUCCAAGUUGAUGGCUAAGGCGGAAGACCUACGCCGGGCACUGGAGGAGGAGAAGGCCUACCUGAGCAGCAGGGCCCGGCCCCGGGCCGGAGGGCCAGCGCCAGGACCAAGUACGGGGCUGGGGCAGGUGCAGGGCCAGCUGGCUGGCAUGUACCAGGGCGCAGACACCUUCAUGCAGCAGCUGCUCAACAGGGUGGAUGGCAAGGAGCUGCCCCCCAAGAACUGGCGGGAGCCCAAACCAGAGUAUGGCGAUUUUCAGCCAGUGUCCUCUGACCCCAAGAACCCCUGGCCAGCCUGUGGGCCCCGAAAUGGCCUGGUGGGACCUCUUCAGGGCUGCGGAAAACCUCCUGGAAAGCCGAGCAGUGAGCCGGGAAGGCGGGAAGAGAUGCCCUCCGAGGACAGCCUGGCUGAGCCAGUGCCCACCUCACACUUCACAGCCUGUGGCUCCUUGACUCGAACCCUGGACAGUGGCAUUGGGACCUUUCCACCCCCAGACCAUGGCAGCAAUGGGACCCCCAGCAAGAAUCUUCCCAAGACAAAGCCACCACGGCUGGAUCCCCCACCCGGAGUCCCCCCAGCUCGGCCCCCGCCCCUUACCAAAGUCCCCCGCCGCGCCCACACGCUGGAGCGUGAGGUGCCGGGCAUAGAGGAACUGCUGGUGAGCGGGCGGCACCCUAGCAUGCCAGCCUUCCCCGCUCUGCUCACUGCUGCUCCGGGCCACCGGGGCCAUCAGGCCUGUCCUGACGAUCCGUGUGAGGACCCAGGCCCUCCCCCUCCUGUCCAGCUGGCUAAGAACUGGACCUUCCCCAAUGCGAGGGCAGCCGGCAGCUCCACUGACCCUUUCCUGUGCCCAUCCCGACAAUUGGAGGGGCUGCCCAGGACCCCCAUGGCCCUGCCCAUGGACCGGAAGCAGAACCUGGAGCCCAGCCGUCCAGCCCCUGCACCCCAGGGCCCGACGUUUGGAGGUAGCCGCACGCCCAGCACAUCAGACAUGGGCGAGGAAGGGAGAGUGGCCAGUGGGGGCCCCCCAGGUCUGGAGACCUCAGAGUCUCUCAGUGACUCCCUCUACGACUCGCUCUCCUCCUGUGGGAGUCAGGGCUGA